GCCGCGCCGCCUUCCUCCUGGUGCAGCUGGCCUUGCACCUCUGCCCGGGCUUCGGCGCUCAGCCUGCCCCGCAAGCUUUUGAUCUUCUUUCAAUUCCUACCCAGAGGCUACUAAAAACCUUCUUGCAACAAACACUCAUGGAUUCAACGCUGAAUGAAGUGUAUGUGCUCUCCGUAUUCAAACUACAGCCCAAAAGCACAGCCACCAUAUUUGGGCUGUACUCCGUUGCAGAAAACAGGAAGUAUUUUGAGUUCACAGUGAUGGGGCGGGUGAAUAAAGUCUCCCUUCGAUAUUUGAGGAGCGAUGGGAAAUUGAACGCCGUGGUCUUCAGCAAUGUGCCGCUAGCUGACGGGAAGCGCCAUGCUGUGCUCCUCAGGCUAAGUGAUCUGCAGCGUGGCUCCAGCAAAGCCGAAUUGUACGUGGACUGCAGGCAGAUGGAUUCCAUUCAAGAUCUGCCUAAAGCCUUUUCAGGGUUAGCACAGAGCUCGGAGGCGGUGGAGUUGCGGACGCUGCAGAGAAAAGGUCAGGACUUUUUGGAAGAUCUGAAGCUGGUGGUAAGAGGGUCGUUGCCCCAAGUAGCAAGCUUGCAAGACUGUUUUCUUCCUCAGAUUGAGCCAUCAUUCCAAGAUCCAGGAGUCUCUACAAAUGACUUUAACAGGCAAUUACUGAGUCACAUGAUGCAAAUGAACCAAAUACUGGGUGAUGUGAAAGAUCUUCUAAGACAACAGGUUAAAGAAACAACUUUUUUGAGGAAUACGAUAGCUGAAUGUCAGGCAUGUGGAUUGGGAGCUGGAAAUUUCCCCACUCUGCCCCCGGAACCACCCAAGCCAAAAUGUGAAGCCAACACUUGUUUCAGAGGCGUGCGAUGCACAGAUACAGUGGAUGGAUUUCAGUGUGGCCCUUGCCCAGAAGGCUUCACUGGAAAUGGAGUUACAUGUGCAGAUAUUGAUGAGUGCCGAUAUAAUCCAUGCUUCCCGGGAGUGAGAUGUGUGAACAUGGCUCCAGGAUUCAGAUGUGAGGCCUGCCCUCCAGGAUACACCGGCCAAAUCAUCCAAGGAGUAGGAGUAAACUUUGCCAAAAAUAAUAAACAGGUCUGCUUGGACAUAGAUGAAUGUCAAAACAAUCCGAAUGGAAGCUGUGUCCCAAAUUCUCAGUGUAUAAACACUGUGGGUUCCUACCGCUGUGGAGCGUGCAAAGCUGGGUUCACGGGAGACCAGGUCAGAGGAUGCAGGGCUGAAAGAAGCUGCCGGAAUCGUGCCUUGAACCCAUGCAGUAUCUAUGCACGGUGCACUGAAGUAAGGCAAGGAGACAUCUCAUGCGUGUGUGGUAUCGGCUGGGCUGGCAAUGGCUUUGUGUGUGGAAAAGAUGUUGACAUUGAUGGUUAUCCUGAUGAAGAACUCUCAUGCUCAACUGAAAGCUGCCGGAAGGACAACUGCAAGUAUGUUCCAAACUCUGGGCAGGAAGAUGCUGAUGGAGAUGGAAUUGGAGAUGCCUGCGAUGAUGAUGCAGAUGGGGAUGGCAUUCCUAAUGACCAGGAUAACUGUGUCCUCGCUUCUAAUGUCAACCAGAAAAACAGUGACCAGGAUAUCUUUGGAGAUGCUUGUGACAAUUGCCGUAUGGUCUUAAACAAUGACCAGCGAGACACAGAUGGAGACGGCAAAGGAGAUGCCUGCGAUGAUGACAUGGAUGGAGAUGGUAUUAAAAAUGUUUUGGAUAACUGUCCAAAGGUUCCCAAUCGAGAACAGCAAGAUAGGGAUAACGAUGGCGUAGGUGAUGCUUGUGACAGCUGCCCAGAUAUUAGCAAUCCCAAUCAGUCAGAUAUUGACAAUGACCUGGUCGGGGAUUCCUGUGACACAAAUCAAGACAGUGAUGGAGACGGGCACCAAGACAGCACUGACAACUGUCCCACAGUCAUUAACAGCUCCCAGCUAGACACUGAUAAGGAUGGCCUGGGGGAUGAAUGCGAUGACGAUGACGACAAUGAUGGAAUUCCCGACCUUAUUCCUCCUGGCCCUGAUAAUUGCCGUCUGGUUCCUAACCCAGGACAGGAGGACGACAACAGUGAUGGAGUUGGCGAUAUCUGUGAAUCGGAUUUUGACCAGGACACUGUGAUUGAUCAGAUUGAUGUUUGUCCUGAAAAUGCAGAGAUCACUCUCACGGAUUUCAGGGCUUACCAGACUGUAGUUCUGGAUCCAGAAGGUGAUGCUCAGAUUGAUCCAAACUGGGUGGUUCUAAACCAGGGCAUGGAGAUUGUGCAGACCAUGAACAGUGAUCCUGGACUUGCCGUAGGCUACACAGCUUUCAAUGGGGUUGAUUUUGAAGGCACUUUCCACGUGAACACAGCAACUGACGAUGACUACGCGGGCUUCAUUUUUGGUUACCAAGACAGCUCCAGCUUUUAUGUGGUGAUGUGGAAACAGACUGAACAGACCUACUGGCAAGCAACCCCCUUUCGAGCCGUCGCAGAACCAGGAAUUCAGCUGAAGGCUGUUAAAUCAAAGUCUGGGCCAGGGGAGCACCUCAGGAAUUCACUGUGGCAUACCGGGGACACUAAUGACCAAGUCAGAUUGCUGUGGAAAGACCCCCGAAACGUCGGCUGGAAAGAUAAAGUUUCCUAUCGCUGGUUCCUGCAGCACAGACCUCAAGUUGGCUAUAUCAGGGCGAGAUUUUAUGAAGGCUCUGAUCUGGUGGCAGAUUCUGGAGUGACCAUAGAUACCACCAUGCGUGGAGGAAGACUCGGCGUUUUCUGCUUCUCUCAGGAAAACAUUAUUUGGUCCAAUCUGAAGUAUCGCUGCAAUGAUACCAUCCCUGAGGACUUCCAAGAGUUUCAAGCUCAGCAGUAUGGAGUUGGAGAUAUUUAAGGAAAGGCUGAGAAUGGACAUUGCUGUGGUGAACAAGCAUAUAUUAAAUUCUUGUAUGACUUUUUUUGGGUGCGAGUCCACACUACCACUUGUUAUGAUUGAUGUAAAACUCCCAGACCUUUUUUUUUUAAUAUAAAUGUGAAAAUAAAAAGAUAAAACUUU